AUGGCCGUGAAGACAAAGCCCGUAUUGUGGACUGUGGCGGUGUUUGUGGCAUUGGCGACUCCCUGCCUCUUGGUCACAGGGAAACCCAACAACACCAUUGCCACCCCUUUGCGGACGGGAAUCAACGACACGCUGAAGUUGACGUUUUACACCGGGAAUGGAACAUGCAUUGCUUGGGGCCAUCAGUGCAGAUAUGGCAUGCCUCUCAGCACUGUCAAGUGUGAGCCUGGGCAGGGAAGCAUGGAAUAUGAAAAAGACGCCAUCCCCACUGUUUCGGCAAUGUCAGCAUUGGGCCAAUGCCCAUGUACUGUCCAAGAGGAAGGGCCAAAAGAGCGGCAAACAAUGGAAGUCGACCGAGUGUUGGCGAUGCAGAACGCACAUAGGCACAGCAGUGAACGUUGUGGAGUGGUGACAGCUGUCUGUCUCACAGCAGCACAGGCGUUGCUUGCACGCUUUUCGGCCAAAUCCAGGGAGGGAACGAAUGUAAUGCUUCGAGUGUCAACGGCGAUGAAUGUGUGUCUUCUGGCGAUGGUCUUGCUAGUUAGUGAAUUGGCAACAUUGAUUCUGUGUCUGCAUUCAUGGUUUGGUGGUGCUUCAUCUGGGGUUUCGCUGGCAGCAGUCGUGAUGAUAGGGCAUACUUUGCCUGUGCUUUUCAAGGCAUGUGCGACAAGGCAUUUCCGCAUCACAAGGGCGACCAUAUUGUCAGCAGCGACGCGGCAAUUUGGAGCAGCCAUCUUCCCUCUGUUGUCCAAUGAAUGGGCACUGAAAGCCGUUUUGGCUGAGUACAAAACCACGAGCCAAGCCAAGACGGUGUCUGGGCCACCCAGGCAGGUCCAUCGUUGGGAUCCAAUCCUGGAGCCAAAGCGCCUCUUAGUUGCUGUGUACAGUCUGGUGACAAAUGACAUUCCAGAACUGUUGCAGCUUGUGAUGGAAGAUGUGAGGAGCAGCGGACAGAUCCACAGCAUCUGGUCCUGGAUUCAGCCCUGGAAAAUAGCUGCUGUGUUGAGGAAAAGAUACAAGAGGCGGAUGAGGAUAUGGAGGCAUUCGGAUUGGCACCCAUCGAACGUGAGGUCAAGACAUGGGCUGUCAAGCACAUGGUGGAUGCUUCGCAGGAUCGAGGGAAAACAGUGUGACAACAACCUCAAUGACAGUAUUGAGAAGAGCUUGCUGUUUGCUCCAUUCGAUUGCCAAGUGCCAAGCUGGCAGUUAUCUGGCCUAACCGUGAGGACACCGACUUGGCUGACACAAGAAAGCUACAUAUCAGACUACUGGGGAAUGGUUAUGAGGGAAUUGGCAGGAAAGGAGACAUUCAUCAAGGACCUGAAGGACGGUUCAAAGGACUGGGCGGGUUUGACAGAUGGUGGAAGUAAUUGGGAUCUGGAGGACCCUGCAGAUGUGUCUGAGGAAGAGGCGGGAUUAAUAUGGAGGGAACUGCAGGUCAGGCAUGACAUCAAGUCAAUCGUUGAAAGGGUGAGCAACUGUGUCCGGCUAUGGAACCCCGCAACCUUCAUCUCAAAGGCUGCAGUGCAUGGGGCAAUGAAAACCACAGGUGCGUUGUGUGCCCUGUCGAUGUCCCAGGCACUGUUCGAUCAUCUCAUGGAUGCAAUGGACGGAGCUGACUCCGACCCCGAUUACACCGAUGCAUUCAUUUGGAUGAACGCCCUUUCACUGAUCCCCGCAAGGCUGCACAUGAAGAGCUGUGCAGGAUCAGGUUUGGUCAGGGAGCACUUCAUGUCUGCAAGAGGUAGGAAUUUGUACAGGAAGUGGCUGAGGGAAGUGAACGACAGGCCCACAACCUACCGGACACAGAGGGCAGUCUCUAUCAUGCAGUCCACCUUGGCAGGAGGCCCAGAAUGGAAGGAGGGUGUUGGGGAUGAGCUGUCCAACCUGAGCUUGGAAUGGUGGGGCCGAAGGUCGUUGCAGGUUGAGAGGGAAGGCGUGGGGGAGAAUGGAAUACUGGAACAGAUUAUAUUGCUGACCGCCAUGGACGUGGUCGGAGAGGCGCUGGAAUCUGCAGUGAGGAAACGGACUGGCACAGGUGCAACGUAUCAGCUCGGCAGUGGGGCGCUGCUGGCGGCGCAGAUGAAACAAGCAUAUGCCCUCCUAUACCUCAACAUGGACCUUCCGUCAAGCAUGAGUGCCAUUGACCUCACCCUGAUCCUGUACCACAUUCUCUUCCUGGUGGUGCACGUUGAUGAGGAGUUCGACACACCGAAUGCGAUUACAAACAGGAGAACGUACAAAAGCGACAGUGGCACAAGGGACGAAGUGGCUGCCAGUGUCUUCCUCAAAGAGGCAAGGAAUUGGCUGAAGGUGCCAUGUCCAAUUCCUGUGUGGACAGAGAGCCCAGGAGAGUGGCGGCCAUGGAGACUCUACAGAUCGCCGCUAGAUGAGAUUGCUGCUGUGUAUAAGAUCCCCAACCCUGGUGUUGUGUCCCUCUGGGAGCCCUACAAACUACCAGGCAUGCAUUGUGACACACUGUUGGGCUUUCUUGACCAUGUGCAGCAGCAAAGAAGCUGCAGAGGCGGGGAGGCACCUGACAGCGGCAGAGGCCGGGCUGGUGAGUGCGCGGCAGACAGGAAAAGCGUGCGUGAGUUGUGGAGGGAGGCUGGAAGACGACGCGGGGAGCCAGAGCAGACGAAGGUGACGUUGAAAGUCAAGGUGCGAAACGCAUUUUCAACCAGCACGUCGUGCACAGUGCCAGACACAUUCCCGGCCACAAGGGACACAUAUCGUUCGUACGCCCACCUGUCGUACGAGAUAUUGACUAAUUCUGUGAUGCAAAGAGAAGUUAAAGCGGCCAACGCUGCUGAAGGUGAGGCAGAGAAGUCGUUGGUAAUCCCGUCGCAACAUGAGCUGGAGGUCAUGAAGGGUCAGAGUCUGAUUCCUGGUGAAGAAGGAUGGAAGCGGAGGUCGCUCGAGGAGAGUCUCCUCAAACUCGGCGAAGUAGGGCUGGGCAAUGAGGCUCUGGAACGCGAUGAUGCACAAAAAUCGAUCGAAACAAUGGUCAAAUUCCUGGAGUCUUCUGGUGUGUCGUUGUACCUUGUCGCGGAGAGUAUUGUGGGGAAUUUUCUUGAGUUUUCGGGAAGCAAAUCUUGGGCAGGGAAGAAGGCGGGGGAGGAUUCCAACAACUAUGAGCAGGUGGCGCAAUUAGAGUUGAGGAUAGCGAAUCACACUUCGCUUCGAGACUGGGCCAGAGACUUAUCUUUCAGAACUGGGUUCGAGAGAAAGCAGGCAAGGAUGGAAAUGACAGGGGCGGUGCUGAAUGCAAGCCAAGGAAUUACCCUGGAUAACAUUUCGAAAGGCUGCAAAUUUUCGCUCACGGCCGAUUGUCACACAGGCGGGUGGCGAACGACAGGAUGGAAGUACGAAUAG